AUCUGAAUCAAUGAAAGCAGGCUAUUGGAUGAUUGGAAUAUAUAGGUAAGCUGGACUUGUUUUGCCGAUUGAUUGAUUGUCCAUGGUUUCACAACAGUAUCCAACGGAUGAGGCAGGCAAGGCAAAGACAAUAGAAAGAAAUUGUACCCUAACCCUUUCAUUACCGAGAAUUUUUUUCAACGAGAACCAUUCAACUAGCUGUACCUACAUUUGCUGGACCUGAUUUAAUUUCACCAACCCUUCUAAUACUUUAUACAUUAUUCAACCCUCUACGCUCAUGCCUUUCUUUCACAGUUGUCUGUGUGUUGUAGGAUUAGGUGCUACGUAAUCAAAAUCCCAUAGUGAUAUACUACCUCCAGAGAGUCAGAGAGUCACAGCUGGCGUUACACGGUGCUGCACCUGAACGGGGUCCAAAACCACCUCAGACUGGACGCUCCGAGGUCAAUGAUUGGGGCACAUCCCCUCACCUCCAUUCGAGCUUACCGUGCUAGGAGUGGGAGCCUCAUCCCUCCAACCAACGCCCUAGAUGCGUCCCCUAAAUCUGCAGCUACGACCUAGCCUCAGGCUCUGGCAGAACAACCUUGUUUUGACAUCAGCAAGAGCAACAACUUUACCCUUGACGGCAAACAAACUCCAUCAGACUCGUGCACUGGGUCAGUCUAGCCAAAAACAUCAUCAACUUUUCAUAAACGCGAGGGUAAAACUGUACUGCCCAAGACGUUACACUCUCCUACAAACCCAAGCAACACGCCACUUCACCACCACCAUGAGCCUCUCCGCACAAGAGCUCAAAGGCUACCUGGCCGACUCUCCACCCAGCGUCGUGCGCCUGGAGAUUGCCAAGCAUUUUGAUGCUCUCACUGAUAAGCAGAAACGUUAUGCACACUACAUUAGCAAAGCCUCCUUUGCCGGAAACCGCAUCGUGCUGAGGCAGGUCUCUCCCGAGUCGGAGCACAUAUAUGAUCUGAUCAUCUCUCUGCACAAGAGCUGCGACGGCGACUGGAAGGCGCUGGCCAAGAAGGCCUCCGUGUCCGACGAGGCCGUUACGCAGUUCCUCGAGUAUGCAUCUCAGUUCCUCGGCAACAGCGGCAACUACAAGUCGUUUGGCGACUCCAAGUUCCUCCCCCGCUGCUCCGAGGCUGAUGUCGCCGCCCUGGCCGCCACCUCGCCCGAAGCCGAGCGCCACUACAAGGCCACGGCCGGUGCCAUCUUCUCGUCCGACAAGCCGGGCAUGAUGCACCUUGGCUUCCCCGAAGAUGGUCACAUGACCACGUACUACCCGGACUCACCUCACAUCACCAAGGAAGAGAUCGCUGCCAUUUCCAAGUUUUCGGAGGAAAAGGGACUGCUGCCCGAGAACAACCGUGUGCGCAAGUCCAAGGACGGCAACGUCUUUGAGAUCCUCAUCGCAUCGGCAAUCACCCAGGUGCCCGAUGCGGGUGGUGACAUCGGCAAAGAGACAGAGUUCAAGGUCCAGGACGGCCCCUUGGCCGACAAGACUAUCAAGCUUGUCUACGGUGACUACUCGGCCGAAAUGGCCAAGAUAGCCGAGUACUCGCGGAAAGCGGCCGAGAACGCCGAAAACGACACCCAGAAGAAAAUGCAUGAAGCCUACGCCAAAUCAUUCUACGAUGGUUCGUUGUUAUCUUUCAAAGACAGCCAGCGCCACUGGAUCCAUGACAAGGGUCCUAUGGUCGAAUGCAAUGUGGGAUUUAUCGAGACAUACCGUGAUCCUCACGGUGUAAGAGGCGAGUGGGAGGGCUUUGCUGCCAUGGUUAACAUGGAGCGGACGCGGGCGUUUGGUGCGCUGGUCGACGCUGCCCCGAGUCUUAUCCCCAUCCUGCCCUGGGGCAAGGACUUUGAGAAGGACAAGUUCCUUUCUCCUGACUUUACUUCUCUCGAGGUGUUGACUUUUUGCGGAUCCGGAAUCCCAGCUGGAAUCAACAUUCCAAACUAUGACGACAUCCGCCAGUCCGAAGGUUUCAAGAACGUCAGUCUCGGCAACGUCAUGUCUGCCAAGGCGCCCAACGAAAAGAUACCCUUCAUCGCGGACGAGGACCUUGCUUUGUACCAAAAGUACCGCGACGCCUCUUUCGAGGUUCAGGUCGGUCUGCACGAGCUAACCGGGCACGGCUGCGGCAAGCUGCUGCAGGAGACGGCACCGGGCGAGUACAACUUUGACGUCAAGAACCCACCCCUGAGCCCCAUCACCAACAAGCCCGUUACGAGCUGGUACAAGCCGGGCCAAACGUGGUCGUCGGUGUUUGGCGGACUCGCCGGCGCCUAUGAGGAGUGCCGCGCUGAGCUGGUCGCCAUGUACCUGGGCUGCGAGUUCCCCGUACUCAAGAUCUUUGGUUUUGGCGACGGCUCAGUCGACAUGUCCGGCGAGGCCGGCGACGUUCUGUACGCAUCGUACCUGCAGAUGGCCCGCAUGGGUCUCGUCUCGGUCGAGUUCUGGGACCCCAAGAGCCAGAAGUGGGGCCAGCCUCACUGCCAGGCCCGCUUCGCCAUCCUCCGUUGCUUCCUCGACGCCGGCGACGGCUUCUGCAAGCUGGAAGAGGUCAAGGACGAGUCCGGGGCCAUCAAGGACCUUGUCAUUCGCCUGGACCGCGAAAAGAUCUUGACCACGGGCCGUAAGGCUGUCGGCGACUUUUUGCAAAAGAUCCACAUCUACAAGUCUACCGCCGACGUCGAGACGGGAACAAAGUUCUUCAGCGACAUGACCAACGUCGGGCUCGAGUACUGGGGCACAAAGGUCCGCGACGUCGUGCUGGAGCACAAGCAGCCGCGCAAGGUAUUUGUCCAGGCCAACACGUACCUCGACGAGGCCACCGGCAAGGUCGAGUGCAAGGAGUACGAGCCCAGCCUGGAGGGUAUGGUGCAGUCUUGGGUCGACAGGGAGGUUUAGUGUGUUGAGGUUCAUCGGUGUAAUGCAUGUGUGUCGUGUGUGUCGUGUGUUUUAUCAAUGUGAAUCUUGAAGGGGGUGCUACAGGUUACAAAAAAAAAAAAAAUAAAGCAUAACAAACAAACAAAACAGAAAAAUGUUCUGUACCAGACAUAGUUGCGUCAUCACUUGUGAAAAUACUCAUAGAUAUCAACUGGAGUUCAUCACA